CGAGCGCUCAUUCAGUAAGCGGUUGUCGCAGUGGCAGGUAGCCGUGUCGCACGGACACUACUUUAGCGUGGUACAACCAUUUGAAUCAUCAGUGUCGCUGAGUCAGUGCGGGUGUGCGCGUUCGAACUCGGCUGUGAUGGUGAACAUAAUAUUCUAGUGCAUUUCUAAUAUUCGUGUAAUGCACGCCAUGAGUGAUCCAGCUGCUUUGGCAGGCAUGUUGCCUUUCGACUCCAUUGGACUGUACGAACAGCCUAAACCAAGGUUCAUCUUUAAAAUGCCUCGGGUAGUUCCUGAUCAAAAAGCCAAAUUUGAAUCCGACGAUCUCUUUAAAAGACUGAGCAGAGAAAGUGAGGUGAGGUACACAGGGUACCGCGACAGGCCCCCGGAGGAGCGCCAGAUGCGGUUCCAGAGCGGUUGUCGCGAAGGACACACGGAGAUCGCGUUCACCGCCACUGGCACCAACCUACAGCUGGUGUUCGACCACUCGCCCUACAAUAACCGAGGCUGCGACUUCCAAAAAGAGAGCGGCAAGGCCCACAUCGUAUCCCGAUUUAUAAUGAAUGGCGUGUGCGUGAGGUGGCGAGGAUGGAUUGAUUUGGAGCGACUCGAUGGAGUUGGCUGUUUGGAAUUGGACGAGGAACGAGCAGCCAUUGAGGACGCUGCGUUGCGUGACCAAAUCGAAAGGUAUAAUCAGAGGCUGCGGGAUUUUGAAGAUAAGCAGCGUGCAUACCGUGAGCACGGAGAGGAGUUACGAGCUCACUCGCACGUGCACCAGCGCUGCCACCAGCCGCGCCAGGCGCCGCAUGCCGCGCAUCCAGCCCACCCGCACCCGCCGCACCCGGUACACAUCAAACCUCACUCGCAGGGCGCUCUCAUUUCAUAAACAACUUGAUGAUUAUAUUUUAUAUCUUACACCACAAAAUUAACUCCUACCGUAAAAACAACGGUAGCCGGUCUACUCCAUCAGAAAACACAAAAUAAUCUAAUCUAUAUAUAUUAUCUUAAAAACAAAUUAUUUAAAAUACUAUAAAGUAUAAAAUUUAGAUUUCAACUAUCUUCAUAUUGUGUAAAAGUUAUUGCUUUUAGCAAGCAUUUAUUAAUUUUGUAGUACCUUUAUCUGUUAAUUUAAAUCGUCAUGAUUACUCAUUGACGAUAUAUGCAAUGUUAGUUUAGUCGUUAGUUGUAAGAAAAUGUAGAUAUUCAUAUGUCUAAAACGAACCGGCAAAUUCAAUAAUAACUGUUCAAACUUUAAUAUUUUUCAGAAAUCAAUAUACAUGUACUUAUGUACACUUUUUAUUAAUCAUAUGCCUUAACUGGUAAAGUUUAAUCAUAGUACGCAAGAAUACAAUAUCUAGACACCAUUUUAUAAAUGUAGCCACAUACCUGGUACUCCAAUAUACAUAUAACUUCAUUAGCAUGUUGUUUACCUGUAGAUAUUAAAUAGUUCGUUAACAAUACUCGCUUAAUGACACUCAUUAUUAUAGAACCUACCUUGCUAACUUCAAAUAAAUAUUGUCAUACUUCUUUGUCUGUUGUAGUCAAUAUCGUAAAAAUGCCUAAGAACUGUACCUACGUCUAGAAUAACAAUUUUAAUCAAAUUAAACUUCUGUAUGGAAAAUGUAUUCUAAUUGAUGAAGUCGUUAGCAAUUGAUAUAUUAUAUUUUGUUCUCAUUAUUUGUAAUUAUUAUUGAUAAAUGUUCUUGUUUAGUUUGUGGACAGGUUGAACAGUAAUGAAUAGAUAGCUUUACAGUAGAUAAGACCAAUUGAUAGCAUGCAAAACUGGAAACAAUUUAGCAAUUCCGAUUUACGCGGAUCGAAAUUUUCAGACGUAUCUAAUGUUAUCAACAUCGAUGUUAAAUGUUACAAAAUAAUCUGGUCACUUAUUCAGAUGAAAUGUGACGGAUCCUUCAAUGGACACACUGUCUGGCCGGCAGCAAUAACUUCAAAAACAAUAAGUAUUUUGUAUAGCGUCUGAUCUACACCAAUUUUACAUGUUAUCUUUUGUACUCGUCGGAGCUCAUCCACGCCCACAAUGUUUACUAAUAUGUCCAUCAAAAUUCUUAUUUUAUUCUUCGUAUGUUCACUUUUCAUAACGGUGAGAUAACAAUAUCUGGCCACUCCAAUUAAGCAGUAUCUCUCUAUAUCAUCUAUCUCAUUUAAAGACUCUAAAAUUUACAAAAUUAAGUUUUGUUAUUUCUUAAUUCAUCUGUUGAUAUGGUAAUCUUUCACGUGGAGUAGGAUGUACCUAAUCAAUAAUUUAUUUUACUACUUUUCUCCUUUCAAUAUUAGCAACAACCCAUCAGGGUUGAAGCCUCAAUACUCAACUAAGUGGGAAUACAAACGUCUAUUGAAUAAAUAAAAAUAAAUCUUCUGUUUAGUGUAACAUGGUGUAAUAUCAAAGUUAUCCAUUUAUUACUAACAUCCUGUAUGUAUCAAAUUAUAAUUAUUGUGAUAAUAUUGUAAAUAAAUGUUUACUGAAAUAUUA